UCUCCUUUAAUCCUGAAUAUUUUAUAAUCGAUUUUCUCCUCCCCCCUUUAGAUGGUUUUGUGCAGGGAGGGGGAGGCGAAAUACAAUAAUGGGCGGGUUUUGAGUUAGGCCGGAAGGGGAUCUCUGCUGGUUGUUACGGUGAGAUGCCAGGGCUCUGGGGCAGUGGGAGCGGAACAGAGCAGCGCAGCGAGAGGCCGGGGAGCGGAGCAGAGCAGCGAGAGGCCGGGGAGCGAGGGAUCGAAGCCGGAGAGCGGAUCAUUGAGGGAACGGAGAACCGAGGGAUCGCAUCAGAGAGGCGGAGCCGCGAGAGGCCGGAGCUGAUAACGAGAUCGCUGAAAUAAACUUUUAUGCCAUGGCUUCCAUGUUGAUGCACACAUUCAGAUGUGUACCCACCAACCUGAUAUGGGCUGCAAAAUUAAAUUUACGUUUGUUGAGCUCUGUUUCUCAUACUCAGUCGCAAGUGAAAUCAAGCAGUAAGACUCUAGCAAAACCAGGGUUCAGAAAUGUUGUUCUGGUUGAAGGUGUCCGAAUUCCAUUCUUGUUGUCUGGUACCACGUAUACAGAUCUGAUUGCCUCAUGAUUUAGCCAGAGAGCAGCACUACAGGGACUACUUACAAGGACCAGUGUUCCAAAACCAGAUGUUGACUACAUUGUAUUUGGUACUGUUAUUCAGGAGGUCAAAACAAGUAAUGUUGCUCGAGAGGCUGCACUUGGAGCAGGGUUUUCAGAGAGAACUCCAGCCCACACAGUUACAAUGGCUUGUAUUUCUUCAAAUCAAGCGAUGACUACAGCUUUUGGCCUAAUUGCUUCCGGUCAGUGUGACACAAUAAUAGCAGGUGGUGUGGUCAUGUCUGAUGUUCCCAUUCGUCACAGCAGGAAAAUGAGGAAGACCUUACUGUUUUCCAGAGCUAAGACAAUAGGACAGAGAUUGUCUCUGCUUGGAAAAAUCCGUCCAGACUAUUUUGCUCCUGAGCUUCCAGCAGUAGCUGAGUUCUCCACCAGUGAGACAAUGGGGCAUUCCACAGAUAGACUUGCAGCAGCAUUCAGUGUUUCCCGGAGAGAACAAGAUGAAUUUGCUUUGCGUUCCCAUUCUUUGGCCAAGAAAGCAGAAACUGAGAAGCUUCUUAAAGAUGUCAUUCCAUUCAAAGUGCCAGGCCAUCACACAGUCACCAAAGACAAUGGAAUUAGACCAUCCUCGAUGGAACAGCUGGCUAAAUUGAAGCCAGCCUUUAUCAAACCUCAUGGAACCGUUACUGCCGGCAAUGCUUCUUUCCUGACAGAUGGUGCCUCUGCUGUGUUAUUAAUGUCUGAAGAUAAAGCACUGGCUAUGGGCUACAAACCACUGGCUUAUCUAAGGGACUUUGUAUAUGUCUCACAGGAUCCAAAAGACCAGUUGCUGCUUGGGCCAGCAUAUGCAACUCCUAAGGUUUUGGAGAAAGCUGGAUUAACGCUUGAAGAUAUUGAUGUAUUUGAGUUCCAUGAAGCUUUUGCAGCACAGAUCCUGUCUAAUAUGAAAGCUAUGGAUUCCGAGUGGUUUGCAAAAACCUAUAUGGGCAGAAAUUCAAGGGUUGGUGUUCCCAAAAUGGAUAAGUUUAACUGCUGGGGUGGUUCAUUAUCCUUGGGACAUCCUUUUGGUGCCACUGGUUGCCGCCUCGUUACAAUGGCUGCUCACAGGCUGAUCGCAGGAGGCGGACAAUAUGCACUUGUUGCAGCUUGUGCUGCUGGAGGACAGGGUCAUGGAAUGAUUGUUGAAACCUAUCCCCAGAAUUGAAAUGUGUUUUCCUAAUCAUCACCAAUCCAGUGCAAUGGAAAGUUAAAGGAAGAGCAAAAAUAUUCUGAUCGUCUGAGCACACAACACUUGAAAAUACCAUCCACGUUUGUCAAUAAAAAAAACCAUUGAAUCUGUAUCUCAAAUAAGAAGCUUUGGAGAGCUUUUAGUAUAUGAUUUUCUUUCUGUACAUUACAAGCCUAAUUCCAUCUUCCAGCUAAGAAUAUAGAUUCUUAGUGUUGAUUUGUAAAAAGAGUGAAUUGGAUAGGCAGAAGAAUGGAGAUACAUUAAUAUCAAAUUGUGCCUUACUCGUUAAUAAACCAUGAACUUAU